UUUUACCAUUUAGUCAUACCGGAAGUUUACAUGUACACGUCAACCGAGAAGUAAAUAAAAAUAAAACGAAAUUUUACAGAGCAUAGAUAUAUUUUCUUUCUUUCGAUGAGCAUAACGUUUCUAAGAAAGUGACUUUGACAACAACUGUACAGGAAAAAAUGACGAUUGUUUUGUCGUAUGGAUUGAUAUUUCUACUGUCGUCCUCCACUGCUUUUGGAGCUUUUGGAGGACAUGACAAAUACAAUGAUAGAAUGUUGUUAUCUGAAGUCUCAGCAUUAACACUUUACCAUGGUAAAAUGACAAAUGCUAGGAGGUCAUCACCUGUUCCACAGUUGAAAUGUGUAGGAGGUAGUGCUGGCUGCCAAGCAUUUGUUCCUCAAGUGGUACAGUGUUAUAAUCGAGGAGGGGAUGGCUAUGAUGUGCAGUGGGAAUGUAAGACAGAUAUGGACAAUGCUUACAGAUUUGGGAAGGUGGAGGUUGUAUGUGAAGGCUUUGACCAUCCAGAUGACCCAUACAUACUCAGAGGCUCAUGUGGGUUGGAAUAUACAUUAGACCUGACAAUGGAAGGACACAUGCAUAAAAAACAGAACAACCAUGAUUAUUAUGGUUCUCAUCACAAUAGCCAUCAGGAUGAUUACCACCAAAGACAUCAUCAAGGAUAUGGAAAGCGAUUCUCCUCCAUAUGUGGUGAUAUUAUAGUUCUGUGCAUAGUUGGAAUCAUAAUCUAUGCCAUAUACAGGACUUGUAUAGCUGAUGCAUCACAUGGUCAGUCAGGUGACCCAUCAUUCAGAUCACAUGACAGAGGAUCCAGACCACCACCUCCCCCAGGAUUUAGACAAGACUACAUGCCAAACAAUGGUGAUUCUUGUUCUGGUACUUACACUGGGAACCAACAAGGGACACACCAACAACAACAGCCACAAGGAGGUGGAUUCUGGACUGGAGCAUUUACUGGUGGCAUCCUGGGAUAUCUGAUGGGAAACAACAGAAAUCAUUAUGGCAGUCAUACGUAUGCUUCACCAUACAACCAGCCAUAUACAACCUACAACAGACCAGGGUGGGGGAGCUGGUUUGGUGGUGGUGGUAGAACAGGAGGAGGCUGGGGAGGUGGCAUGGGUGGUGGUGGCUGGGGUGGCAGAGGAGGAGGAUUAGGAGGUGGAGGUGGCAGCUCUAGUAGUGGAACCCGUACUGCCUCAGGUUUUGGAGGAACAAGGAGGAGAUAAACAUGUGUUGUGACAGAUGUUGUUGAUUGUGAUCAGUUGAAUGUGAAUGAGAUAUUGAUAACUGUGAGAAAUAUAUUGCAUAACUUAUGAUAUAUAUGAGUGUUAUUUAUGAAUUUUAUAAACUGAAGCUUUAUAAUGUUGUCUACAUUUUAACCAUAGCCAUCAGCAUGAAUUGGGCAACUUAUAUUCAGAAAUCUUUUAGUUCACCAUUGAUGUCUCUAUUAUUUAAUGAGGACACAAAGUAAGGUAUGUUUUUUUAUCAAACAUUUUCAUGGAAAUUAUUUGUUAAUUUUUUCAUGGAAAUUAUUUGAUAAUUUUUUCAUGGAAAACAUACAAUUUUUUUUAUAUUUUUAAAAAUUGUUUGCAAAGUGUAAAUAUCAUGAUGACUUUGAGAAAAGAUUGACUUGAAUGAGGUGAUGAUAUACAUCCAAUGGAAGAAUUGCUGUUUACUUGUACAAUAAUACUUUCAUCAAUAAAGGAAAGUUUUUAUGAUUAUCCUCAGAACAAUAUUUUAUCUGUGAUAAAGAAACUUUCACAAAUUUCUAAUAACCAGUAGAACUUUAUAACAGGUUAUCUUAUACUAAUUUGUUAGGUUCCAAAGGAUAACUUAUGAUUGAAACUUUUUAAGUUCCUAUUUAAAAUAAUAGAAUUUUCAAAAAUCAUAUUUAGAAAGUAGGUUUUCAAACAGAAAAUUAUUGUUAUAAAUUUGGGGAAUAACAGUGGUCAGACAGGCAGGAGACUCCAGCAAUUUCUAUGCAAUAACUUCAAAAUUGUUCUAUGCAUGUAUUUUUUCAAAAUUUUACAAUGUUGUGCAACUGAUGACAAAAAGGGAGGUCAAAGUUCUGCAGUCUACUGUCGAAUCAUACUUGUGUUGUUAAGUUAUUUCAGUCCUUGUUUUAUUUGGAAAUGACAUUUCAUGGCCCUUAAUUCCUCUAUAACAAUGACACAUACAAAUGUAAGUUGUAGAACAAGACUGUUUAAAUCAAGUACAAUUGAGGACCACGCCGGUAUGUUGUUAAGAAUUCUGUUAUAUUGUAAUCAGUGUCUGUAAAUUUAGUCUUGUGGUGACACACUGGUGUUUGAUUUCUUGCCUUGAAAUUGUUGGACAAAAUUGUGUUGUUGUACAGGGCCUAUAUUGCAUUUUACAGAAAUGGUUAGAGUAGCUUUUUUAUGUUGUGGAAUGUUAAUUUAUCUACAUUUCAUGUUUUCUUGACUUUUUUAUUUGAAAGUAAAGGUACAUUUACUGUACAAAAUAAAACUCUUUCAGUUAAGUUUAGAGAUUAAAAUAUAGCAGUAUAUGUUAGUGUAUUUAUGCAGAGACUGCAUUGAACAAACUUCAUUGAAAGAUAAACAAUAACUCAAUGCGUCAGCAAUAUAAUAAACUAAAACAAGAUAAAGAUGGCAUUUUGUCAUAUAAAAAUGAAGUGAUGAUUUUGUUUUGAUGUUUUAUCCAUCACAGUUGCCUGAGAACAUACAAUGAAGUCUUUUUUUUAAUUUUAUUAAUGCAAAGCAUAAUAUAUAAACCAGAAUAUAUGAUGUUAGGAUUGUCAUAUAGUGUACAUUCAAUAAUGUCAAGAAAGUAAAUUUAGCAGUUGUAAAUGUGAUGAUAUUGUUAUAUCUUUAAACAACAUUGUUAACUCCUGUAAAAUAGCUUUUUCAUUUUUUUCUGAUACAAUUGUUACCUUGUGCAAUUUAAUGUUGAAUAUAAUAAAUAUUUAUUUCUUU